GGGAUCUCAAACAUUUACAAAAUAUUCAACACAAGCUGUGGGGACGACAGAAUUAUUGUGUUCACGACCAACCACAAGGACAGGCUUGACUCGGCACUACUGCGUCCAGGCAGGAUGGAUAUGCACAUCAACCUGUCCUAUUGCAAGGUGGAUGGGUUCAGGAUCUUGGCUUCUAAUUACCUGGACAUCAACAACAGAGACCAUCCCCUGUUUGGAGAAAUCGAGAGCUUGAUAGAGAGCACGGAGGUGACCCUAGUAGAAGUGGCAAGGGAACUGAUGACAAGUGAAGAUGCUGACCUUGCUCUUCGAGGACUUGCUAAGCUCAUUAAACACAAGAGUAAAUGCGAUGAAAUUGAGGAGGAAGUUGUUGAGAUUAAAGAAGCAAACGGUUUUAAAAGUAAUAAUGAGGAAAAGGAAAUUAGUGUUAGGUGGAAGAGACGAGGGGAGUCAAGAUGGCAACACGAAGAUGAAAUUGCAAAAGGAGAGCAGAAACUCGACACGGGUGUAGUGUCGACACAUGAUCGGGGUGUCGACACCAUGCGCUAAACGUCCAGAAUCAGAUUCUGUUUCCUAUUUUGUGUCAACACGUAAUCCGAAGUGUCAACACCACGCGAUCAGCAUCUAAAAUUCAGUUUCCUAUUUCUAUUCCAAGUCCUACUUCUAUUUCAAUUAGGGUUUCUAAAAUCCUAUAAAUACCCAUUUAAAUU